AUGGCGCUCCGCCGCGCAGCCGCGAUCAUCGCGCGCCUCCCGAACACCGCCGCGCACACGCGGUUCGCCCCCGCCGGCGUCCACUCGCGAGACAUGUCCGGCGGCCUGGAGAGGUUCAGGGAGGGGCAGCCCGUGCAGUCCAAGCGACCCGCGUACGAUGAGAGGGACACCGCUCACACCGACAAGUGGCUGGAGGCUGCCGUGCCGUCGCCGAUGGAGAUGAUCAACGAGAUCGAGCCCAUCCCGAUCCACGCGGACAGGGUCAGCUGCAAGAGCAAGGGCGCGUGCAUGGACAGGUACGGCGAGCGCGUGGGCCUCGGCGCGCCCAACACCUAUUAUCAGCUGAACAGCACGACGAAGGAUGCGCCGGUGAAGUGCAAGUACUGCGGACUCAGGUUCUACGGCGUGCACUGA